AUGGAAAUAUCAAUAAAUCCAUUCAAUCAAAUUCAAGAUCAAGUUAUUCAAUUACUCAAUCGAUUACGAUCAAAACGACUUGUUUUACAAUGGCAAUAUAAAGAAAUGAUGCCUGAUCGAGAAAAUUCUGAGCUAUCACAUUUAUAUUUUAAUCCAAAAACUCAUAAGGAUGAUAUACCAGUUCGACCAAUUGAAAGUACAAUUCGUUCAUCAACAAGAAAUAUAUCACAAUUUUUAGAUAAAAUCAUACGACCUAUAUUUGAUGAUAAAUGUGCUUCAACAACUAUUAUUGAUGGAACAUCUUUAAUUAAAGAACUUUUAAAAUAUAUUAAAAAAGGUCUCUUCAAAUCAACAACACUCUUUUGUACAUUUGAUAUUCGUAAUUUAUAUACAAUGUUACCACAAGAUGAAGCACUUGAUAUUUUGGUUGAAUUUCUUCGAUUUCAUGGAUACACCAAAGUCAAAGGUAUUGAUCUUGAAACUAUUCGACAAUUAGCUGCAAUUGUUCUCAAAGAAAAUGUUUUUGUAUAUGGUAAUAAAAUUUACAAACAAGUACUUGGUGGUGCUAUGGGUUCAUCAUUUACAUUAACCUUAGCAAAUAUAUUUAUGUGGAAAUGGCAAAAAGACCUUGCUCGUCGACAAGAUAUGACAGCUGAAUUUUAUGGCCAAUACAUUGAUGAUAUUUUUAUGACAUGGAAUAAAUCAGAAAAAUCGUUAAAAGAUUUAUUAGAUGAUGCAAACAAAUGGCAUCCAAAUAUUAAAUUAGAAUAUACAAUUGGUAAAAGUUUACCAUUUCUUGAUGUUCUUCUUACCAACAAUAAUGGCAUUCUAACAACAUCGGUGUAUCACAAACCAGCAGCUGAACCUUAUGUUGUACCAUUCCUAUCUGAUCAUCCUCGACAUGUCUUCGUCAAUGUUAUACAAACUAGUCUAGCACGUGCUGCACGAUAUUCAUCUGCAUUUGAAAGCUUCAAUAAUGAACGCCGCCACAUUCAAUUAACAUUACUAUAUAAUGAGUAA